GUACAGCUCACUCCACACUCCAAAAGGAGCACAGAAACACUCGCGAGCGAGGAAAGAGACCAGUAAAAAGAAACUGGCUAACCAUAAUGGUGCUCCAAGCAGCAGCAACAUCCCUGGUGGCAUCUCUGCAGUCACCAUGGAGCGUGCUCUGCGGUGCCGCCGCCCUGCUCGUCAUAUGGGCGGCCGCCCUGGCGGCGGAGAGCUACUGGCUGAGGCCCCGGCGGCUCGGCCGGGCGCUCCGGGCGCAGGGUCUCGGCGGCACGUCGUACCGCUUCCCCGCCGGGGACUCCGCCGAGAACGCCCGGCAGAGCCUGGAGGCGCUGUCCAAGCCCAUGCCACCGUCGUGCCACGACGUCCUUCCUCGCGUGAUGCCGCACCUCCACAACACUGUCAAGGAACACGGUGAAGUUUGCGUCACCUGGGACGGCCCGGACCCCAAGGUUGUCAUCGCAAAGCCAGAGCUGGUGACCGAGAUCCUGUCCAGCAACUCUGGCCACUUCGAGAAACUCAGGACCAAUCUUGGAGACCUGGUAUGCCGCGGGGUCGGGUCCUACGACGGCGAGAAAUGGGCGAGGCACAGGCGGAUUCUCAACCCCGCUUUCCAUCUCGAAAAGCUCAAGGCCAUGUUCCCGGCUUUCUCCACGUGCUGCACCGAGCUGGUGGACAGAUGGGAGAGUAAACUGCUAGCUGCAGGUUCUGAGGGGUCGGUCGAACUCGACGUCUCCCAGGAGUUCCCGGUCCUCACCGGAGACGUGAUCACCCGAACAUCGUUCGGAAGCAGCUUCACCGAAGGACGAAGGAUCUUCGAGCUUCAAGUAGACCAGGCAAAGAGACUUAUGAAGCUCCUCCAGUAUUUGUACAUCCCGGGCUUCUUGUCCUUCCUUACUGAAAACAACAGGAGGAUGUGGGAGAACAAGCGGGAGAUAGAGGGGCUCGUGAGAGGGGUCGUCGAGAAGAGGGAGCGUGCGAUGGACAAGGACGGGGCCAUUGGCAACGACAUGCUUGGCCUGAUGCUACAGUCCAACAGGUCAUCCAAUUCCGACUUGCGGAUGAGCACUCAGGACGUCAUCCAGGAGUGCAAGCUCUUCUACUUCGCGGGAAUGGAGUCCACGCAGCAGCUACUCACAUGGACAGUCGUCAUGCUACGCAUGUACCCCGAGUGGCAGGACCGGGCGAGGGAGGAGGUUCUGGGCGUCUUCGGCAGGGACGGCAAGCCCGGCUUCGACGGCCUAAAUCGACUCAAAACGAUGACGAUGAUACUGUACGAGGUGCUCAGGCUGUACACGCCGGUGGUCACCAUGAACCGGAAAAUAAGCAAAGAGAUGCAGAUCGGGGGCGUCACCUACCCUGCCGGGACAGUCCUCGAGCUGCCCUUCCUCAUGGUUCACCACAACCCGGACGUGUGGGGGGAAGACGUGUCCGAGUUCAAGCCGCAGAGGUUCGCGGAGGGGAUCUCCAAGGCGACCAAGAAUGGCCAGGUGGGCUUCUUCCCGUUCGGCUGGGGGCCGAGGAUCUGCAUAGGCAAUAACUUCGCCAUGCUCGAGGCCAAGAUGGCGGUGAGCAUGAUCCUUCAGCGUUUCGAGUUCCGGCUCUCGCCUUCUUACGCCCAUGCGCCCUGCACCGUGAUAACGCUGCAUCCUCAGCAUGGCGCGCAAAUUAUGCUCAAGAGUCUCUGAUGAUGGGCCAGUCCGGCCGGCAUCUUUGUUUUGUUAGCAUGUCCUUACUUGAAACUCCGAAUAAAAAAGAUAUGUGCCUGGCAA